CUCAGUUACCCACAUGUCGGGACUUGAGGGGUCAUGUUUGUGAUUUUCGUGAUUUUUCCCGAGGGGGUCCUCCAGUCCCCCACUCCUUGAGGCACUUGCAAAGUGGUGAAAAGGAGUAGAGUAGUUGCGUUGCUGUUGUGGGCCGAAGACUGACGCUUUUCGAUUCAUUUUGGGGGGAUGCCUCGUUAAAAACCUCAUUAGGAAAAACCCUGUGGGAAAAAAUCCUGAUGAGGGAAAAAGAGUGCACCGAAUUCCCCCAACGAUGAAUCGAAAAUGUGAAACCUUGGUUCGAAAUGGAGAAUAAUGCAGAUGCCGAAGGCUCUCCUUGUUCUGAGGGCUUAUGUGUUGAUUAGCCGGAGGCUUGUUGUUGAUGUCCUGGGAGGUGUCGAAGGAGGGUCCCUCAAUCUGGGGAUCGAGGGCGUAAUGAAUGCGGGUGGUAGUUGAAUUGUUACCGGGGGGUCCCCUGUUUGUUGACUAGUUGGUGAUGAGGAUAUCCGAGGGCCCCCAUUACAUGUUUGCCGUAGGCUAUCCGUCAAUGAGGCAUACUCCCCGGGGGCUACCCGGCCCUCAAAGUGUUGAGGGGGGAUCCCCGAGGGGUGGCCUGAUAUGAAGCCUUGGGCUUCUGAAGGAUCGAUCCCGAAGGCAUCCGUUAUGUAGUGUGUGGGGCACAAGCCGGGAGUGUCUCCGGGUAAGUGUAUUCGGGGGCUCUCCCUGAUGAAGUGGAGUGAAGCAAAAAGCCCGGGGGCUCCCAGAAUAUAGCCGUUGGAAAUAUAGCCGUUGGAAUAUGUAACGUCAGGAUAUAGCCGUUGGGGGGGUUGCCACGUGGUGCGUGCUCGUUGGCUGCCCGUGGGCGGGCAUCACCGAUUGGGCGAAGCCACGGUUCGUAAUGAUGGCAGUCCAACCGGAGGCCCGGUUUCCAGGCCCAAGCCCGGAUCCUUUUGCCUAUAAAUACCCCAUGGCCGGACAUUUCCCCUUGUGCGAAAUCAUUGUAGCGAAGCUCUGCAAAAAUUUCUAGAGAGAGAAACUGCAGCCUUCGAUCAAUCCCUGCCUUAAGGUUAGUUCCCCAUCUGUUCUUCUCCCUCCUUAGCUAGCUGUAGCGGCCUUAGAUCUAGGAAUCGUAACUUAGAAAACUUAGCGAUUCCGAGCCCUCGAACCAGUGCAAAGAUGUCAUCCCAAAGUGAUUCCCAGGACAUCUCGGGGGCGCCCUCGAUGGAGGAUGAAGUCAUCUCGGACGUGGAGUCCUCAAGCGAACAGUCCUUGGCCCAGGAGGAUGUCGCGAUGGCGGUGGAAGUGCAGAAAGAGCUGGUGGCCGAAGUCGAAGCCGAGGGCUUCGAGCAGGAGGCGGAGGACGAAGAGCUUGCCCUCGCCGUGCAAGUUGCAGAGGAGGAGGAAGAAAAGGAGAGGAUGAAGGUGACCGUGGCCGUCCUUCCCCCUCGGGGUGCUGGUGAGGCAGGGAGCUCUCGGCCCCUCAACCCGACGCCGGUAAGAGUGGCCCCCGGGAAAAAAUCGGAGAAGAAUAAAACUGCUCCUAAGAAGAAAAAUGUUGCCGCUGAUCAGGGGAAGCCCAUAGAUGUGCCCGAGGGGUACUCCUGGCUAAAUACUACUGCCCUGGAGAUAGGGUCGAAGGCUGAUAGGGAAGACAUGUACGUGACCCAGCUGCACGUGGGGCCUUCGGCUGUGGUGGUGGCGCCGGGCCCUGAUGAUGUUCUUUCCCGGGCCCCCGAGGGUUGCAUUGUUGUGCACAUCCUAUCGGUGUCAAUGGGGCUCCGGUUCCCCCUGCACCCAUUCCUUCGGGAGUAUCUCCGGUAUGUGGGCUUGGUCCCCUGCCAGUUGACGCCCAACAGCCACUCCUACGUGGCGGGCUUUCUGAACCUCUGACGGGCCCGAGGGGUGACCCCCAGCCUGGACCUGUUUUUCCAGAGCUUCAACCUCUGCCGAGGGGGUCACGCGAACGCCGAGGGGUUCGCCAAUCUGCAACAGGUUGCUCGGUGGAAACUAUUCACAGAAGCGCCCUCGUCCAACAAAGGCUGGAAGGAGCGGUGGUGCUACGUUAGGAUUGCCGAGAGCCCUUUUUCGAUGGAACUUAGGGAUCUCUUCCGUCGGCAUCCGAAGGUCGGAAGUGCUGCUCUGGAGAAGGAUGGCUUGAUAAUAGCCAAGAUCCCACCGGGCCGCACGAAGCAAGUGUCCAUUAAGGACUUCACUGCUGACAAGGAGCUUUUUGCCCUCGGCUUCCGCAGAUAUCGCUUCCUCGGCGAAACAGACGAGAAGUAUCCUGUACUGGCAGGAGGUAGUCUCCGAGGACUUCCUUUUUUUUUGUACUUAGGAUUUUUUUUCCCUUUCCCUUUUUUUUGCUCUUUUCUCCUUCGGCCUAACCCCUUUGUUUUUGUUGGCAGGUGUUAACAUGGAUGUUGGAAAACUCUUCGCUUUGAAGAAGAAGGGCAAGACCCAAGCCCAGAAGAAGGACCCUUCGGUUCAACCGCCUGUGGGAGCCUUCUUCCAAAAAGAGGCUCCGGAGCCCUCUGCUGCGGAGGGAGUCGUCGGUGUGGCGGAGGGGGCCACAAAGAAGAAAAAGGGGAGCAAGGCGAUUGAGCCCCCGUCUAAGAAGCAGAGGGGCACAGGGGGCACUGUCGGCCAGGAUGCCCCCUUGGUGAUCAUUGAGGAUCGCCCCUCUCCGGACCCCCCGGUUGAUGCUGCGGCGAUGGCCCAAACCAAUCCUCCCUUGAGAAGCCCCCCUCGGGAGAUCCUGCAACUCUCUUUAGCCCCGGGGGCUUCUGUUCUACACGGCUCGGCGGAGCCGAAAGCUUUUCUGAGGGGGAUGACCUCGGUGAUGGACAAGGCUGCCCUCUCCACAUAUGAUGACGAGGCCCUCGAGAACAGGAUCCUUCGAUCUUCACUAACUGCUUGCGUAGCCCUCGGGGAGCACGCACAGAGGCUCGAGCAAUGGCGCCUCCGGAAGGCUGAGCAGGACCGGGAGAUGAAGGAGCUCAUCCUGAAGAACUCCGAGGCUGUAAAGCAGAUGGCCAUGCUGGAGGAAGAUCUCCGGAAGGCUGCCGAGGGCAAAGCUGCAGCAGAGGAAGCCAGGCUUGAGGCUGAGAGGGCAGCCAAAAAAGCCGCCGAGGAGGCGGAGAUUGCUAAGGCCGAGGCCGUCGCCAAAGCCCGGGAAGAAGCUGUUGUCGCCUUCGUGGCCGAGGGCUGGAAGACCGAAGACAGGCGGCAGUGGGUGGCCUCGGUCGUGGAGUCUUCGGUUGAUGACUGGGUGAAGGGCCCCGGAGCCGACUGGAUGGCAGAAAAGGGGGACAGCUAUUAUCAGGGGGGCGAGUUCUUCACUCAGCAUCUGGUGUACCGGAGGCUCGCCAGGCACUUCAAAGUCCCUCUCGAGGAAUUCGACCCCUCGGCGUACGGCCUUCCCGCUUUGCAGCCAGAUGUUAGAAACCCCCUCCCCCCGGGCGAAGAGAGGCCGGUGAUCCAUGACUCCAUGAUGAUGGGGGGAUCCGGCGAUGAUGAUAUCGAGGACGCCGUCGGGGAGGAGGUCACCUCGAAGCCCGCCGAGGAGGCAGCAGCUUGAAGGAAAUACUUGUAGUUGAAUAGUUGUCUGAACUCUUUUCUUUUUGUUUGUAAUGUUUGUGUACCCUCGUCCUCGGCCAUAUGUUGUAACAUAUACAUUUGAAUUUCCUCUUUUUGACGAAUGAAUGAUUGCCUUCGGGCUUUGUGUAUAUGAUUU